AUGGACGCUCUCCCAAUCAAUAGGCCCCGCACUGCAACUGGUCCUAUGGGCUGCUUGAACUAUCCUCCAGAAAUUAUGAAUCAGAUCUACCGCGAGCUCCUCGUCGAUGAUAGCCAGGUCCUCUGCUUCCUCUGUUCCACAGAUCCAGCCUUCCAAACAAUUGGUCUGAAACAGGCGGUUAAUCCACGUCCAACUUCAAGUACCGGCGAACUGGAUUGGGCCCACCUCUACGACACCCGAUAUUAUGUCGACAGCAACGGUCUUUCAGCGCAAUUUCUCCGUGUUUGCAAGAGAAUAUGGAGAGAAGGUAGCGCUGUGCUCUACGGGAACCUGACGAUCGCCAUGCGAUGGACGCCAAAACCAGAUCCUUGCCUAGGCCCUUUCUUCAAACGGAACACUCACCAUGUUCUUACCUGGGCCAAGGUCGUUUAUCCUCGCAGCAGCGACCCGUUGCCCCUGGUCGGUAAGGGCAGCAGUCCGUGGCACCUUUUGCACUGGGGUGCCACUCAUCCUACAGAGAGUUGGGAUUUGGACAGACAAACACUAAGACGGAUACGCGAAAAGCGGUUGUCCGAGACAGGCAGGAGAACACUGAGAACUGGGGCUAGAUCCGCCAGUUGUUGA